AUGGGCGGAAUAGCUAGUCCAAUGCCAAAAAUGUUCACGAUGUUCAGUAUCUUUUCGAUGGCUUCCCUUGCAUUACCAGUUGCUAAAUCCGCCAAAUUCCCCCUUCAUGUAUGGUUACCUGAUGCCAUGGAGGGGCCUACUCCUAUUUUGGCUCUUAUACAUGCUGCUACUAUGGUUAUACGAAUAAUAACAGUAUUAUUAGGAGCAACUUUAGCUCUUGCUCAUAAAGACAUUAAGAGAGGUUUAGCCUAUUCUGCAAUGUCUCAAUUGGGCUGUAUGAUGUUAGCUCUAGUCAUCGAUUCUUCCGAGAGGUCACAAUUGCCGUGA